AUGUCUGGAGAGCUGGUUUUCAUUACCGGCGCUGCCGGGUUCCUUGGUGCCAACGUCGUUCUUGAAGCUCUGAAAGCUGGCUAUCGUGUGCGUGCCAGUGUCCGCAAGGACUCACAGGUCAAGCAGCUGGAGUCUUACUUCAACCCCGAGUUUGGUUCCAAGGCGGAAUUUGUCAUUGUCCCGGACAUUACCAAGUCAGAUGCAUAUGAUGGCCUUCUUGGUGGCGUCUCAUACGUCUUUCACGUUGCCUCCCCCCUUGCCCCUCCGAGCACAAACUGGAAGAAGGACCACAUCGACCCUGCCGUCAAUGGUACAGUCGCCAUUCUGAAAGCUGCAAAUGGAAUAGGCAGCAUCAAGAAGUGUGUCAUCACCGGUUCCAUUGCUGACCUGAUCCCAUGGUCUGACUGGCCUGCGCCUGAUGAAGCCAUAACUGAGGAUCACAACUACGACUUGGAUGUCUCUCCAGACCUCGAUUUUAAGGUGAGCUUUGUCGCUUAUCGCGCAUCGAAGCUCCUGGCCGCCAAAGCAGCUCGGGAGUUUUUCGUCCAGCAGAAGCCGCACUACGCCAUUGUGAGCCUGCAUCCAACCUUCAUAUUCGGCCACCACAUCCUGCAGACCUCCUCCGAAGACAUGUCUGGAUCACGCGCGAUGCUGUGGGCCUCGUUGAAGGGCCCAGAUCAACGAAUCCCGAUUCUCAACCAUGUCCAUGUGACGGAUGUCGCGCAGGCCCAUAUCAAAGCUUUGGAUCCGAGAGUUACCGGCUAUCAGAAGUUCAUCCUUUCGGCGGAGCCCGGUUUCCCGGACUGGGAAGAGGUGCUGCAGUUCGUGAAGCAGGAAUACCCCAAUGAACAAUGGAGCAAUGCGCCUUCCCCAGGCAAAAGGAACAUCAACGUCAGUAAGGCGGAGAGGGUCUUGGGCAUGGAUUGGAUUGGCUGGAGGCAACAAGUCAUCGAUACAGUAGAGCCUCAGCUGGAGCUGAUCAAGAAAGCUGCCACGCUCUGA